UCCGCCUACUCCGCCACCGCCCCUGGGCACCGCCGGCCGCCACUACGACAUCGACAUGCCCUUGCUCCCCGACGACUCGGAGACCUGCGUGGAUGCCCUGGAGAAAGGGCUCAGGGAGAAAGGGAUCCAGCUGCCCCGCCUCAACGACUCCUGCGACGCCGUCUACUGCUACUGCGGGAUUCGGCUCCACCCCUGAGCUGCCCCGACGCUUUUUCGCUCGACGCCGGAGGGAAGCUCGUCGGGGACCGCCGCGUGAGGCGGUUGGAGAGAGAUUGCUGCAGCAGCAGCCACAAUGUGAAUGGGUUCCAGGGGUUGAGUGCUGUUCCAAGUGCUCUCAACAGCAAUCACAAUAAUGAGUCUUGGAACGCAAGCAACAAACCGGAGGAACGAAGCACCAAAAUGCGCAGCAAGGACUGCCAGCUCAUGGGUCUCACAUGGCUGCUCGCCAAGAACCGGACGGCCUACAUCCACACCGUCUCGGCCGUGCUCCGGGCGAUAAUGAUGAACAACGACGAUGGUGUGGAUUCCCAGCAGCAUUCGUGCGCUCUUAAUCGCGACGGAAUGCCCCUUGCUGUCGAUUCGUAUGAAAUCCAGAGCAGCUCCCCGUCAAUCACCCAUGAAAAAACAAGCUGCUCUGGAAUUAUCUCCAUUGUCGCGCUUCUUUCCUUGUUGAAUUUGGUACUAGCGGGCUUCAGUGUUUAACGUGCAGUGAAUUUGAUUGUAGUUAAAGCCGUGUACUCUCGGGCAGUGAAAAAUUCAAGUUCUUGGCCGUGUGUGUGUGUUGUGUAAAUGGGUAAGCUGGUGGCAGCAGCCAAGCCAUGGGAAUGUUUGCUUCGCGAAAGUGGGCGGUUGCAGUGGAGAGCCAUGUGGGCAUUAAGUGGGGGUGGUUUGUCUCGAGAGGAGACAGGCUUGUCGUAGAACUAGAAGGUGGCAAUUGAUGGCCGCAAGGUAACUUUCAGGCACUAGCAUUCAGUACAGUUGGUCGGAUUGGAUUGGAUGGAAUCGAAUUUUUCCAUUCACGAGAAAUUGGGUUUGUCAUUUAGGUGUGCCAAGCCAAUUAAUGAUCCUUUGUUUUGUCCGUCCCGCUGAGUACCAGGUUGGGUGUCGAUGGGUCUAGUGUUCCUUUCGGGUCGACGUGAAUGUACGGCAAUUAGGGAUGGGGCAUAGUUGAAGAACUUCAUUUAAGAUUUUGAGUAACGGGGGGAAAAAAGAGAUGGGGCAUAGACGCAUAGUCCAGUUUGAUUCAUAGGGCGUAGAUUACCAGUUCAAGACUAGAUAAAAAAUAAAGUACAAAUUAGAGUCGGAUUC